AUGAAUUCAAAGCUCUCCUCCAAAUAUUAUCAUUUCUCCCCCACCGCCCUUUUCAUUCGUCAAUUCGCCACCACCGUAACCACUUGCGCCCUACUCCGCCGCAUAUAUCCGAUCGGCGGCUAACAUCACUGUCCAAUGUUUUUCAUCUCGAAAUCCGCCAGGUGAAGUUGGUCAGCGUAUUUAAUGUCAAAGGAGAACCACACGAGUGAAAGCGGCUGGGUUGAGAAACCCUGCUCUGGUGACAAACUCCCAAAAUUUAACUGGCAGGAACAUGCCCGCCGUCUUGAUAACGGUCUCACUCAGGGCAGCUUACUGAAGUCGGGUUUCCUUUUUUCCCUUCCAGAACAAAAGCCUAGUGCCAUGAGAGCAAUGGGUAUAAGGCCAACCAUUUGUCAAAUUCAGGAUUUGAGGUUGUCUGACCCUAUAGCUGAGAAGGCAUGGCAAAAUCUUUCCAACAUGCGGUUGUCUUCCAAGAGCUAUGUCAAACCUGGGAAAACUCUACCCUUUACUAGAGAUGCCAGUGCUUCUGCUGUAGGAAGUUCUGUUCAAGCCAAUCAACAAUGGUCAUCCAAUGUGAAUAGCACUUCAUAUUCACAGGUGCCAUUUCAUCAGAGCUUUAGGGAAACUAACAGUGAAGUAGGAGAAUUCAGAAAGUCUGCAGGGGCUUCUUUUCCAUCGCACACGCAAUUGGGAAAUACUGUGACUAACCAGAAUAGUAUAUACUCGUCAACGACAAGUGCUUCUUGGAAGCAACCCCCCAAUGGAUCAUUCACAGCCAAUGCAGUCAAUUUAAACAAAAUGAGAGGGUCUAAUGACAGUUUUGCAGAUGGAUUUGAUGAUGAUGAUGUACUGGAGGGAAUUGAUGUUGACCAAAUAGUUAUGGAGCAUUAUCAAUCUAACUGCACACCUCAACCAUCACUUUCGAAAUUUCCUUCUACUCCAGGCAUGAGUUCUAGAUGCUUGGAAAAAACUGAAGAAAGUAGUUUGCCUUUGGAGCUGUCCUCAAAUUGCAAUCAUGGUUUGCAGCUAGGACUUUGUCCGGAGGCGCCAGCUCAUUUGCAAGAUAUGAAGGAUAAAUUAAUUUCUAUUUCAAAUGAUCUUCUUGACAAUGUUACUAAUCUCAGUUCUGACCAAGUCGAGAAUCUGCGCAAAGAAAGAUUGGAGUUGAAUACUCAAAUUCAACAUCUUGAGAAGUAUCUCCGCACAAUAUCAGUUAAUGCAGAAAGAAUAACGUCACAGUUCUCUGCAUCCACCACAGCUUCAAAUUUUCAAUAUGAGACUCCUCGAACAAUUCCCUUUAGGAUUGAUCCCAGGAGGCUUGAAACACAAUUUGAAUAUAAUGAACCGGUUGGAUUUGAUCAAUGGAAUUCUUCAUCGGUGCCUUUUUCAUCAAAUAGUAUUUCAAAUGAUAGUGUCAGAAGAGAAACUUACAUACCAACAAAUAUAGAAGUUAAUUACGUUGAUGGUUCAAAUGAUAAAAAGUGGAGCUGCCGAGACUUUCCUUGGACAAAAGAUAUUGAGGUCAACAACAAGAAAAUAUUUGGAAAUCACUCUUUUCGCCCCAACCAAAGAGAGGUGAUCAAUGCCACCAUGAGUGGAUAUGAUGUAUUUGUUUUAAUGCCAACUGGGGGAGGGAAGAGUUUGACCUACCAGCUUCCAGCUUUCAUUUCUCCUGGGGUUACUUUAGUAAUUUCACCUCUUGUUUCACUCAUUCAAGAUCAGAUAAUGCAUCUGCAACAGGUUAACAUUCCUGCUACAUAUCUUAGUUCAAACUUGGAAUGGCCUGAGCAGCAGGAGAUUCUUAGAGAACUUAGUUCAGGUGUUUGCAAAUACAAACUUUUAUACGUCACACCAGAGAAAGUUGCUAAAAGUGAUGUUCUGUUGCGACACCUGGAGAGGCUACAUGACAGUGAUUCACUGUCUAGAAUUGUUAUUGAUGAAGCACACUGUGUAAGCCAAUGGGGGCAUGAUUUUAGGCCAGACUAUCAGUGUCUUGGUAUCCUGAAACAAAAGUUUCCUAGUGUUCCUGUUCUGGCAUUGACUGCUACUGCAACACUCAGCGUCAAGGAAGAUGUUGUUCAAGCUCUCGCUCUCGGUCUUUCCAACUGCAUCGUCUUCCGUCAAAGUUUUAAUCGUCCUAAUUUACGAUAUUCUGUAAUCCCAAAGACUAAGAAGAUUUUGGAAGACAUUGAUACCUUCAUAAGAGAAAAUCAUUUUGAUGAAUGUGGAAUCAUCUAUUGUCUUUCUAGAAUGGACUGUGAAAAAGUUGCUGAGAAGUUGCAGGAAUAUGGGCACAAAGCAGCAUUUUACCAUGGCAAUAUGGAUGCUCCUCAGCGUGCCUAUGUGCAGAAACAAUGGAGUAAAGACGAGAUCAAUAUCAUUUGUGCAACUGUUGCAUUUGGAAUGGGCAUCAACAAGCCAGAUGUACGGUUUGUCAUUCAUCAUUCACUGCCAAAAUCUAUUGAAGGCUAUCAUCAGGAGUGUGGUCGUGCUGGAAGAGAUGGCCAAUCUUCAUCUUGUGUGUUGUAUUACAACUACAGUGAUUAUAUAAGGGUGAAGCAUAUGAUUAGCCAAUGCCCUAUAGAACAGAGCUCUUUCACACCUGGUUACGGCCGUUCCAGCAUGGCAACCUCUGGGAAGAUACUAGAAACAAACACUGAAAAUCUUUUGCGAAUGGUUAGCUACUGUGAGAAUGAUGCUGAUUGUAGACGCUACCUUCAACUUGUUCAUUUUGGUGAAAAGUUUGAUUCUGUCAAUUGUAUGAAAACUUGUGACAAUUGUUCAAAAUGUCAGAGCUGCAUUGACAAGGAUGUUACUGGAACUGCAAAACAAUUAGUCGAGCUAGUGAAGAUGACUGGACAACAGUUUUCAUCAGCUCAUAUAUUGGAAGUUUUUAGGGGUUCCUUGAACCAAUUUGUCAAGAAACAUAGACAUGAUAUAUUGAGCAUGCAUGGAGCUGGAAAACAUUUAGCAAAAGGUGAAGCAUCCCGAGUGUUGCGUUACCUUGUUACUGAAGAUAUUUUAAUGGAGGAGGUUAAGAAAAGUGAUACAUAUGGAUCUGUAUCAUCAGUUUUGAAGGUGAAUCAACUCAAAGCAAAUAUUCUCUUUGCCCCUGGGCAUAUAGUCAAAUUAAGAGUCCCAUUGGCUGCCAAUGCAAGUAAGCCGGGUAAAGCAGGAAUGACUCCUGCAAAAUGCACACUAUUAUCAACAAAUCAAUCCGAAAAUCAAUCUGAGGAUGAUCUGAACCUGUCAGCCAAACUGUAUAAUGCACUACGGAUGCUUCGAACUACUCUUAUCAAGGAAGCAGGAGAGGGAGUCCUGGCUUACCAUAUAUUUGCAAAUAAUACGUUGCAACAAAUGAGCAAGAGGAUACCCAGGAACAAGGAUGAGCUGCUAGAAGUUAGCGGCAUUGGCAAGGCUAAGGUAACUAAAUAUGGGGAUCGGCUUUUGGAAACAAUAGAGGCUACUAUCAAGGCCCACUCCAAGGGUGAUGGAAACAGUGGUAGUAGCAAUGGGAGUCCGGAUUCGGGCAAGAGAAAAGGAGACAAUGACUUUGUCGAGAGUACAGCACGCUCUAAGAAACGGGUUCCCAAAAAGCUUUGCAAACCUAAGCAGGUGGCCACGAUGACAACGACGACUGACUACAUAGAACUUGGAUACUAUGAUGAUUUUAUGGAUACUGAUUUCGAGGAAAACUUUGACCCCCAAAUCAAUGGCUCCAUUGCAAAAGCCAAUGGUGAGGCAGGAAGAGUUCUACCUCCAUGGGGAUAAAAAAAGAGCUGCAUGGUUUCGAUCUGAUCUCUAUUUUUGUAGUGUUAUGUGUUGGUUUUAUUGUGUUCUGAAAAAGUCAGGGAAGCAUUCAGUAUGACAUUACAUUUUUCAAAACCAUGCCUAACAACACCAUAGCUCACGGUUAAAUCUCGGCAUUGAGUUUGCACGACGUUGGGUACCAUUCUAGUCUAUUGUGCUUGGUUCAUUAGUGUAGUUGUAUUGUUUUUUUCCAGCAUUGAAAAUUGUCUUCAAUGUAAUUUUAUUAAAGUUAGCGAUAACAAAAUAGAACUUGUACAUCUCUAAGAAUAGAAUAGAAUUGUCGUA